UGUUGACUUCCUAGUUGAAGGCGUUUUCUUAUUGCGUUUAAUAGCUCUCGACUCACUGUCAUGUCGCGUUCGGAGCAUAUCACAAAGUUCAUGUCACCAUGAACGAAAUUCUACUGAGGACACACAAAGGGGAAUAUUUACCUGGAGAGGAUGUGUUUGGUGUUGUGUAUUUGAGCAUAGAUGAUCCAACAGCAGGGCGUGGCAUCAAGCUUAUAUUCAAGGGAUAUGAACACUUUCACUAUGACUACCGGUCGGAGGGUGGCAAGAACACCCUGGAGGCAACCAAGGACUACAUCGACUUCUACAACGUGGAUCUCUACAGCAGCACAGAGCCAUUUGCAAUUGGCAGCUACACUUUUCCCUUUAUGAUGAAGCUUCCAAAGGUUUUACCAGGGACCUUCAGUGCACAGAGUGAGAGUGAUGCAACAUGGACGUGUAUGGUGGACUACUGGAUUCAAGCCUCUGUCACGGAUUCUGACCUGACUGCAACACAGGGCAUUGUUGUACAGAUGAAGCUGAAGGGAGAAGAAGCAAACAAAACAACAGAACUGGAUUAUGUCAUCCGUAAAUUCCCAUUUCGCAAGUCUAUCCAUUUUCUUGUAAGACUAGUGGACACACACCCAGUAUCAGGAGACAAGAUGAAGCUACGGAUGAUCAUCACUAACGAAACAUCCACAACAAUCAGCGCAUUCAAGAUCAAGCUGCUGAGAGAUAUCCUCUUCAUCUGCAAGAAAGAUGUUCCACUGGAGAAACUGUCACCCAGAAUCCGACGAAUGCAGCAGAAGACGUACAUUCAACCAGAAGGGGGGCCUCUGGUUGUCAUGGAAACAGGAGGGAAUUCGUCAGGGAUGGAUCCAUCAGUUCUCACCAGAGUCCUUGAUAACAUUUUGAUACCACUUAAAUCUAAAGAUGGGCAAGAUCUACCUCCCUCCAUCAAGGGGCAGCACAUAGAGUGUAGGUAUGGCCUUGAGAUCAUAAUCACCCUGAGCAACAACUCUAUAGUGAGAAUCAACCACCCAGUACCGUGCCUGCUCCCCAAGAGAAACACUAAAUGGCAGACUUGGAUGGCACCUUCUUGGGCUGCAGAGGCGAAGGUCAUUACCUCCGACAGUAGGUUCAGCGUGUCCGAUGACCAGCUCAAUGGCGAGGCAUUUUCUGCCCUUCCAGGGUUUCAAGCUUUGUGAUAAGACAAGACCGGCUCAGUUGGAUGGUCAACUGAAACAUCUCAUUUGCUCAUUUUUCAUGGAUUUAUAUAUACAAAAGUGUAAACAAUCCACCAUACUUACUUCAUUAUUGUGUUCAUGUUUACCAAACUGUUUUUUUAAACAUAAGUUAACAAUUUAAGGCAAUACAACAGUUUUUCUUUCUGUCAAUUAUAUUUAUAAGAAAUUUUGUCAGUUAAUGUUAUGAAAACCUAUUUCCUAUUUGUCAGUGUUGAAAAAUACUGCUAUGUUAAUGUCGUGUUAUUUGUUGCUGUUUGUACAUGGGGGUGGGA